AUGACUUCACAUUUGAAAAGAAAUUGGAGCUCAACAUUGAAUGAAAAAGAGCAACAGCGUAACGAUUUCUGGUAUGAGCAGAAAAAGAGACUAAGAGGAUUUAAGAAAUCAUUUUCCGGACCGUUAUCCAAUCGUAAUGUUGGCCUUGAAACACCUCCAACAACUCCGGAAAAAAAGGGAAAGACGACCAGCCGUGAUUUAUAUUCACAUGAUAAAGUCGUCAGAAGACUCCGAUUCACAGAAGAAUCAUAUUCUCCUUACAAUGAGGCGAAAAAAGCGUUUCUUCGUGGUUCCGCAGCUGAUUUGUCGAACCAGCAUUAUCUUCCUGGAAGACAACGUGAGGCUAAGGCUUUAGAGAAAUUUAUAAUUGAUGCACUACACAAAAUUCAAUCGACAUCAAUGUACAUAUCUGGCCCUCCAGGCACUGGAAAAACUGCACAAGUGAAUGCGAUUUUACAAUCAUUAACUGAAGCAGAUAUUCAAAAUAAAGACCCAGCUUCUAGAAUCUACAAUAUGGAUUUCGCAUACAAUGAAUGCUCUGAAAAGCGGACUGUCCGUCUAAUUAAAAUCAAUUGUAUGACUCUAAGGACACCAGAAGAUAUAUUCAAGAAAAUGGAUGACACAAGUGAUAUCCACCACGCAAAUGGUUCUAUACAGCAAAAAGAAUACGUGAAAAGAAGCCUUGGAAAGUCUAGUAAAUACGACAUGACAAUUCUCAUUCUAGAUGAAAUGGAUAGUGUCAUUAAUAAAUACCAACAGACUUUAUUUGAACUAUUUUCCUGGGCCUCUCAGUUGCAUGCUUCAUCUGAAAGCGUUGAAAAGCCACGUCUCGUUCUUAUUGGAAUUGCAAAUGCGUUGGAUCUCACAGAUAGAUUUUUACCUAGACUUAGAAGCAACAGAAUAAAUCCAAAAUUAGUACAGUUUCUUCCCUAUACUGCUUCACAGAUAAGAGAGAUUAUUACAACUAAGCUAUAUAAUCUUGACUCAAGCAUCAUUACCCAAGGAGACAACAGAGCUGGACUUCCUCCUAUUAUUCAUCCAUCUGCGAUACUUUUCUGUGCCAAAAAGGCAGCUGUCAGUACAGGUGACUUAAGAAAAGCCUUUGAUAUUAUUCAUAGAAGUAUUGAAGUCACAGAGGAAAUGACAAUGAAAAGAUUAUCUGAGGACAAAUUCAAGUCAUUAACCAUUAAAACGGCACCAAAAGUGAUGAUAGCACAAGUUGCCAAAGUGUGCACUUCUGCAUUCAACACAGACUAUCAACAGAAGUUGAGCGCACUAAACUUUCAGUCAAAAACUUUGCUAUGCUGUCUAUUCAAGUUUGAAGAAAAGAGAAAAGGUGAUGGUACUGAACCUGUCGCGAAGAAGUCUAGCAAAGCUGAUCUUUCUAUCAACACAUUUUUUGAAUUUUACAACAAGUUUCUCAAAUCAGUGGAUAGAAUGAUCAGCACCCUCCGAAGGGGUGAGUUUUUGGAAAUUCUUAGUACUCUCGAGUCAAAUUCACUCGUUAACUUGUCUCUAUUGAGUGAUAAUUCGGCAAAGUUUGUAUCUGGCAAUCCAAUUAGUCGUGGAGCAAGCAGUCCCUAUAAGCAUAUGAUUACAUUUGGAAAUUACAAGAUUUCAAGCAAUAUUCCACGGGAGGAAUUCAUGAAAUCAAUCCGGAGUAUUGAAUUGUUGAUGAAGUUAAUGGAAUGUCAUCAAUGA